AUUGUUUGGUUAUCAAGCGUCCAGCGUAGUCGAAAGCGUACUAUCUCGGCCGCAUUCCUCGACCGUUGCCGUUCAUUCGCUCGCAGUUUGAAUUUGGCGCGCGAACAGUAGCCGUCUCCCGCGCCAUUGACUUGACAGCCACAGUCGGACUCGCCCUGCGGACCGCUGCCCGUGCGAUGCCCAGAACCUUUAGUUUUAUUUUGUUUUUAUUUAAUUCAGUGGUUCUGCCGGACUGGUUUUUAUUAAACACGAAGAGACUUUAAGUGUAGUUUAAGUGAACAAACAGUGAUAUUGAUCUAAUGGAAUAAACGGUGCUUGAUAGUAACGGACGCUGCACCCACGCCGCAUCGUAAGUUUAUAGUACGGCGUACUACGAUAUUAUGAUGUUCGAAGAGAGAAAAGUUAAUAUCGAGGGUGUACCCUUGAACUCGGCGUCAGCAGGUGCGGCAAACAUAUUUCUGAAUUCUGGUAAAAAUACUAAAGCGAAAUCCGAUGGGACUGUCAUUCAUCUCAACACAGAAAAACCUACGGAGGUCGGCGUACAUAUAAACACGACACUGUCGAUAGCGUCUUCUAAGAAAAUAAAGCUGCUAUUCAUACUGAACUUUUUGUUGAGUGUACUAUGUAUGGUGAUAAGUAGUUCUAUAGCAUUUUAUUACUGGAAUGAGAUGAUUUCAAUGAGAAGACAACUGGAGACUAUGAGAGAUCAGUUUGUAUAUCAAAGUGUGAAGGAUGGACAUCAAGAUAAUAUUCAGCAGAGUGCAUUGAGCUCCGUGAGGUCUUAUAAACCUGAAAGAGAGCCCCGUAUGGACCCUAGUGUCGAUGAGUCUAAACCUAGAAGAUAUUAUGUGGAAGACUUGGGUGAAGAUAUGUUAUUAGUAGACUCAAGCAAGAAGGCAGACAAAACAGACAAGACUGAUGAGCCUGUGUUAGGCUUACCAAUAUUCCAAAAAGAACUUCUAGUCGCUCAAUUUAAUGGUGCUAUGAGUGAAAUCCACUUGGGAUCAAAAUCAAUAAUUGGUCCGUGGGAGCGUGACGUGAACGUCUCGUCCAAAGACAGCGAGUCCAAGAUAGAGCUGCAUCCGGACAAGGACUACGUCACGAUCAAAGAGAGUGGACUUUAUUUAGUCUAUGCUCAAAUAGUAUACUUAUCCCGAGCCCCAAACUGCUACUUCGUGUGGGCGCGGCAGUCCUCGCAGCCCCGGCUCCUAUCCACCUGCGCCACCGGAGACAACAGCUCCAACAAGAACCCCAAGCAGGCCCAGAUGUCCUGCUCCGUGCAGACGGUGGCCAGGUUCAACACGGGGGACACCGUGAACCUGGCGCAGAGGGAACCCAACCAGAUACUGUGGCUGAGGCCCGGGAACUCCUACUUUGGGUUUGUGAAACUUAGUUCCUAAUAUGGCUGUGAAUGUGAUAGUGUUUGUGAGGCGGCGGCCCCGCGUGAGGUUACUGAGUUACAGUAUGCUUAGAUAUGAAUAGUUACAAACUGAGUUGUGUUAAAAAUGCUAAUGUAUAUAGUUGUGUAGAUUGAGCUGACGAGGUAACAUUAUAACUCAAAUAACCCAUCAUACCGAGAACACAUAUUGGGAUAACGUAGGCCUAUCUAAGGGAUGCAAACAAUAUUACUAAGUUUUUUCCUUCAACCUUCGAAACCUACGACGGCCCAAUACGUCUUUAGAUUCUUCAUAAAGUUACUAAGAGUUAUUCGACAUAAUUUUUUCUACAUUUAGGUCAUAAUUUCGACUGGUUCAGGAUUUUUGAGUACAAAUUUGAUAAUUAAACUAAACGAAAAUGUUUUGUAACUAGUUUGUAACAGUUUAAAAUGACACGCGGGGCCGAACUAUUAAGAUAUGUAAGGAAUGGUGCUAAAUAGUAUAGUAAACGUGAUAACGUCUCGGGACAUUAUUUAGUAUAAGAAAUGUAGAAUUAUAAGUAAAAUUGACGCCUCAAAUCGUGCUGAGUACGCGAGGCAAACAAAGUUUUCGAAAUGCUGUACAGUGUUGUAU